GCCGAAUCUUCUUUAAAAUAUAAAUAUUAAAUUAAGACUAUAAAAGAAAGACAGUGCACAAAGAGCAAGGGUUCCCCAGCUUUCCACAAUAGCGAAACGCCACAGCUGACCAGUACCGUAACACCUGCACCUGAUUGAAAUUUGGGCUGCUAGCAACUAGCAAAGUUUAGUUGGUGUUUUAGAGGGGAGGGAAAGAAUUUCCCACCGUCUCCAAAUAUUGUUUUCUCUUUUUUAUUUCAUUUUAGACAAGGUCUUGAUUAAAAGUCUCGAUUAAAAUAACCCCGCAGUUCCGCGUCUCCGCUAGCCGUCAGCUUACCUCGCCUUAUUAGAUAUAUACUUCCUCUGUACAGAACAUUAGCACCCUGCGUGUUCUGCCUUGCCCUGCGUGCCUCACAGCAGCGCCGUACCUCCCAACAGUAUCUCGUUAUCCUUAUCCUCUCAUUUAUUUUUUUCAAUUUACCUCACUCUCAGUCCUCCGUUCAGACUUAUUGCGCGCGCAGGCCGUAGCACAACUUCUAUUACUGUCUGUCAAUUAUGAAAAAUAUUCAUGGUGGAAAUCAGGACUGUGGUGAGUUUCGAGGUUGAAAGGACGCAUCAUAUUCAUGCCCAUGGCCACUGAUCCCGCUGCCUAUCCACAAGGCGCCGAGAACAUUCAUCAGGAUGCAGACCCAGAACCGCAACGCGGCCGCGACCCCACGAGGAGUACGAAGUUGGCUGCACCGUUACGAAUACCCAAGAACCGCAGCACUGGCAAUCUCGCCGUUGUGGCUGAAUUUCCUGAGAGAUCGAGGUUGAGGUUCUCUUUCGACACGGGAUCAGGCGUGACAGAAUCUGACCAAAUCACAAGAUCUCCCAUAAUUACCGAACAUGACCAUGGGCUGGGUAUCUCUGGUUUACGACGCAUUCGUCAGCAUCCAACCCCCCGCACUCCUACGAUGCCUUCGAGCGCCGUAUCUUCGCGAAGUCCCUCUACCGGUCUCCUUCGCUCCACCUCGAUGUCUAUGAUGCUCCCUUCAGGGCAUUCUACCCCGUUAUUGGGCCCCUCGUCUCCCAACUUCUCCGAAGACCUGUCUCGCUUUCCGUCCGAGUCCCUGCAUUCCUUCUCCUUCGCCCAUCAAUCCGAGGAGUUUAUACAUAACCGUCAAAAUGUGCUAAAACGGUCUAUAGAGUUUAUGAAAGACCGCAUGGGAUGGGCAGUUUCGUCGAAUGCGGCUAUGGCUAGCGCUCAAGCUAGGGUCUCCGGCGAUGUCGAAACCCAGCAUAUGCUUAAUCUUCUCGCUAAGGCACAGCUGGUUGGGGCCGGAAAUUUGCCAAAUGCCGACUCUUCCUUCAAUCCAGGCCCGCUGACCGGACCAGCUCAAGUCUCACAGAGUAAUAUUUUCGAAAAGGACUUCAUACCGAGGACGAGCAGCCCCGAGUCCUUCGUAACACCGCUUGUGUCUCCAAUUGCCCGAGGGCCUACCGUGGAUGAAACUCCAGUUGCUACUGCACGGCCUACGGAAGGCGGAGAGGGCGAAACGCUGCCAGAGCAAGCGGAUACGUCUCAAGAGCAACCGGAUUCUGAGAACUCAUCAAGAACGCCGACAAAUGAGAGUGGCACCACGGCUAAGACGUCACCUCCCAUAUCCAGACGCCCGAGCUUGAGGAGAAAUUUUACGGACGUAGGAACAGCUGAGAGGCAGCAAAAGCUUGUGGAUACUAUGACGCAGCCUUUUCUUGCUGGCUCGUCAGAAGGUUAUCCCGAAGCAUUGGUAUCUCCUAUGCUCCCGCCGUUAACUAUAGGUUCGUCACUCGGCGCAUCUGGGUCCCUGGGUUCCGUGGUUCACGGUCAUGCAGCUCGAUGGGUUCCAGCAGCGCAGGCUAUUUUCACAACCGAAUCCAAACCCCCAUGGACUAUAUUAGCUGCGAAUGACUUGGCUUGUUUAGUGUUUGGCGUGACAAAAGCCGAGGUUCGAAAGAUGGGGAUCUUGGAAGUUGUGCAAGAGGAAAGGCGAGCCUGGUUAGAGCACAAACUCCUUCGCGCUGAUCCUGAUGAGGUGGGACAAACACCUGCACAGACUGUACCGCAACCUGCUCCCUCAGCCGGCUCGUCGUUAUUGGGAGGUCGCGGGGGUAUCACGGCACAAUUGCUAAGUAAACCAAACUCUAGAUCCCAGCCUCCAAAGACACCUGCCCGGCGUGCACAGACUGUGCACAGCGGAGAUACUACGCCAUCUAAAUCUCGAGGUACGAGUCAUCGCAGUUCAAAGUCAAGAGGGGUGUUGCUCUGUGGUGAUGUUGUCCCCAUACAAAAGCGAAACGGGGCGACGGGUUCUGCGAGUCUGUGGGUUAAGGAGAAGAGGGUAGGGCUGAUAUGGGUCCUCGAAGAAAUUCACGAGGAUGUUGCCCUCGUGAGUCUUGACGACGACGGAAUCGUCACCAAGAUCUCUGGAGACACGGGUCCAAUAUGGGGAGAUGAAAAUCUACAGCCAGGCAUGGAUAUCGGGAAGUUGAUCCCCCGCAUUCCUCGACAAGGUAUCGAUCCUAGAUAUGGCGCAAUAGACUAUGCGCAAAUUGCGAAACGCAGGUAUUUUACUUGUCGAAAUGGGGGGAAAAUUAAUAUUCCUGCUAUUGUCGCACAGACGAGAGGUCAGACCGAACUACGGGUUUCAAGCUUCCCCCAUAUUGCGGGUAUUAUCGUAGUCUCUCCUGAUACGCUCCAGAUCAAGAGCUCAAAUUCGGCAUUCUGCGGGGCCCUCUUCGGUUAUGAAAAGCCGGAGGGACAGUCGGUCACUAACUUGAUUCCGGACUUCGACAAGGUUCUCGAAAUUUUGGUUGAUCACGAUGGGAUUCAUCUUCAGGAUGGCAUCGUAGUACCUGAACAUAGUUUCAGAAAAGCGUCUACUUUGUUGGCUUUACAAGAUGGCAGACCAGAUGCUACCAGCAUUUUUCUAAACCCUGAUGGGCUCCCGGCGAAACACCGUGACGGCUCCGAGUUAAAGAUCGACGUUCAAAUGAGAGUAGUAAAGAGUGAAAAGCACUCCAGCAAUGAUUCAGGUGCGAGUGACGAUGAGUCACAGGGAAGCGAAAGCGAUAUUGAGUCAGAGGUGGUUUACGCGUUAUGGAUCACCUAUUCUCGUCACUUACAUACGUCCAACAUCAAGUCAUCAGCCGCCACUAGCUCUAAAUCGCCAGUAUUGUCCAGGGCAGUGUCUCCUUUACACCAACCCUCUCCCGGUCAGACACCAGUGCAUACACCGAUAGACAUGAGCUCGGAUACAGAAGAGGUAAAGUCUAAGCUUACCUCCGCUGCGUCGGGAUUGUCUCAACAGCUUAAAGUUGCUGCAAUAAAUGCAGCCGCUAAACUCACCGGGCAAUCUAAGGCUUCAGAAAAACAAUUAUCAUCAUCACCGCCUCAAACCAACGCUCCAGAACGUAAAAAGACUAUUGAUGAUUUCGUUAUACUUGAAGACAUGGGCCAGGGUGCUUACGGCCAAGUGAAACUAGCACGGUACAAGUACAACGGCGGGAAGAAGGUUGUGCUGAAGUAUGUGACCAAGCGGCGAAUUCUCGUUGAUACAUGGACUAGAGAUCGACGCCUCGGCACAGUCCCUCUUGAGAUACAUGUGUUAGACUAUCUCCGACGGGACGGUUUUAAGCAUCCUAACAUCGUAGAGAUGGAGGAUUUCUUCGAGGACGAGACGAAUUAUUAUAUCGAAAUGGCUCCUCAUGGAUAUCCAGGGAUGGAUCUCUUCGAUUACAUUGAGCUCCGUGCUAACAUGGAAGAAGAGGAAUGCCGAAGCAUUUUUGUCCAGGUUGCUAGGGCGAUACACCAUCUCCACACUAAAGCGAAGGUGGUUCAUCGUGACAUCAAAGACGAAAACGUCAUUUUAGACGGUGAAGGGCACAUUAAGCUGAUCGACUUCGGAAGCGCAGCAUACAUCAAGAAUGGGCCUUUCGAUGUCUUCGUAGGCACUAUUGAUUAUGCGGCCCCGGAAGUGUUAGCAGGGAAACCGUAUGGCGGUAAAGAACAAGACGUAUGGGCUCUCGGAAUUUUGCUUUACACCAUCAUCUACAAGGAGAACCCAUUCUACAGCAUCGACGAGAUAAUGGAUCGUGAUCUAAGAGUACCAUAUGUAAUCAGCGAAGAGAGCAUUGACCUCAUCCGCUGUAUGCUUGAUCGCGAUCUUACGCGACGAUACGAUAUCGAACAAGUGAUUCAGCAUCCCUGGUGCCAGAUGGAUUGAAGAUGUGACGAUAGGGAGUGAACAGCUGGGCUGUCCCAUGAGGACUUAAGGGGAUAUGAGUGAGGAAGGGUUUGUAUGGCCGGGUUGGUUUUAUGGGCUAGCUAGACUGUUAUUGGAGAACAGGGCACAGAGCACAGAAUUGGGGAAUGAAGACAAUUUACUGCAUGAUACCCAGCUCUCGAAAAACUACGAUUUUACGAGGGGCUUAGGAAAGAAUAACAUAAAGAGCUAUCUAUAAAAUACGGAAUCAAGUAAGCAAGAUACACAGAAUAGGGCUGGCGCAGGGUCUAUUUUUCCCAUCUUAGGUAUUGGUUUUGUUGCUAGAGCAAGUCAGCGUAUCUUGGCGGUGGAAAUCAGCAUACGCUUUCGGCACGGAGUUUUUUUUUUUUUUUUUCUUUGAGAGGGCUUUAUGAUAUCAAAACAUAUGAUAUAAGAAACUAAAGAAUGGCUGGCUUUUCCUCUCGGAUUUUAGUUUCUGAUUAUGAUUU